AGCGCACUUUAAGCCGGAGUGGCCUUUUGUGGCUUAUGGCUGCAACAGGAACGUAGGCUGACAUGAGAUGGUAUGUUAAAUGAAAUGAACCUUUGAUUCUUCCGGUUUCGGUGAAUGUAAACAUGGUGAAUGUACCUAAGCAAAGGCGUACUUUUUGCAAGAAAUGCAAAAAGCAUAAGCUGCAUAAGGUGACCCAGUAUAAGAAGUCGAAGGAAAGACAAGCUUCUCAAGGGCGAAGGCGGUACGACAGGAAACAACAGGGUUAUGGAGGGCAGACGAAACCAAUUUUUAGGAAAAAGGCAAAGACGACGAAGAAGAUAGUGCUGAGGAUGGAGUGUUCGGACUGCAAGUAUCGCAAGCAGAUCCCGCUGAAGCGCUGCAAGCACUUUGAACUGGGUGGAGACAAGAAGAGGAAGGUCAGUAAAAGUGUUUGCAGAGCUUAUUUGAUAACUACAUGCUCUGCCUGUAAACUGUGUCACUUAUGGCACUUUAGUCCAGGGCUUCCUGAAUCUCUGCACAGGCCUGCCAUAUGAGAAAAGAUGCAGGAUACACUUGUAAUCUAAUAAGGGAUAGGGGAAAUGGCGCAAAUGGAGUUUGUCACUGGGUUCCUUUCACUUCUCUUCACUGUGGCUGCUGGUAAAGGCACACCUCCCCUCUCUUAUCCUCCCAGGCGACAAUAGAAUUCUUUGCUUUCUGAAGGACUGCUCAUAAAAGCAAUCUUUUUCAUUAACGCAUAAUCAGAGUUUGGGGUUGCGUUCUAUUCAAGGUCAUUGCACUUUUGGGUAAAUAUGGUAAUAUUUACAACAAUUUUCACCAACUCUUAACCUUAAAAUACCAUUUUUCAUUUGUGGCUGGAAUAGUAAUAUUACCUGGACUUAAGAAUGUUGGUGGCCAAGCUACUACUACACAGGCUAACAUUAAGUGGUGCAUGUGAAUUUCUUGAAAAAAUUGAAGUGCACCUUGACAGAAUAAUUAAUAAAACAAGGAACUUAAUAAAUCCAUUUUUCAAUUUGUUUACUUUUUUUAUAUUUUGUAGUUAUCAUAAAAUUAAUAAUGUUAGUUUUAGUUUGUGGUGUUGAAUAGUCCUUAAAAUUUACCUAACUAUAUCAAUUUAUAAUUACUGUAUUGGGACCUACACAAAAAAAAAC